AUGCACGAGGUAGAAGGUUUAAAUAUCGAAGACACACCCGAGUUGAACGAUGCAGGGGAAUUUGUGGCGUACGAUCUGCUGCUACAUGCUGACAAACCUCAAGCUGUGGCCUGGAUGCUGCUGAAGCUGUCGUCGAGACUACGACAGCUACCGGCGGUGCAGCGUGCAGCUCGGGCGUUUGUGGCAUUACAGACGGAUGAUUUUCACGCGUUUUUCGUCGAGUUUUACAAUAUGAACAUGUUGGAACGAGCAGCGUCGCUGCGUCACUUUUUGAAGAUAUGGACCCGGAGUCUUCGAAUGAUCAACAAGGGGUUUGGCAAACAAGAUCGCUUCCCUUUGGAAGAACUUGCGCGUUGGAUGGGUCUCGCAAACCCUCAGAGUGAAGUGACAAAUCCAUUCUCGAUUGGGUGUGUACAGUUGAAACUAAAACCGCUGUAUGACGAGAUUGACCCAGACACUGUGCGUCACCUGCUUCACCACGUCGCGCUUCGAAUCGAAGGAGACUUCGCUCAAAAAGCGUCGACGAUCGAGCUGGUCAUGGGGAAUGCCAAAUCGUACUUCGCGUUCGACUGGCUCCCACUUAAAUCUACAACUCGGUCUUGUGGCCUCCGCUGGAUGAAGUCAUUCGCAUCAACGUUCAGCUUCAGGAAUCUAGCGAGUGACAGGACUCGUAAUCAUAAAACUUUUGAGAUUACAAGUACAGCUGUCUACAAGUACUGUACCUAUCAGACGGACUUGACGUCCGAGGAGCCAGCGAGCAUUUAUGGCGGCUCGAACGCCAACAUUUUCAAUCAUCCGUACAUGGUUGGCCUACAUGCCAACGGGCCUGACGACAAAACUUUUUGUGGCGGAACGCUCAUUGCGCCACAGUACGUUAUUACGGCUGCGCAUUGUCUCGAUUGGAACUUGUAUGAUGUAUACGCCUCUCUCGUGGUAACUGUUCUUGGAUGGGGCAUGGUGAACGACAGCGCCUAUAGCGAAACUCUUCGGGCGGUGGAUCUCCAUGUUAUCCCUGAUGAAGAAUGCGACUAUUACACCAUCGACUACACCGUUGUGAUGUGUGCUGGUACUGAAGGUGAGAAGGCCUCAUGUUACGGCGACUCUGGUGGUCCCGCUAUUACAGAUGAUGUGCUCGUUGGUGUGGUGUCUGGUAUGGCGUCGACCGAGUGCGGCGAAUGUCACGGUGUACAGUUAGACGGUGGAUUAACGAUGCUGGCUGACUGCCUGCAGAAGGUCUACUCACUCCAGACUCUCCGGACCACGUCCAAGCAAGCGGGACCUGCGGCCAAGACAGUGAAGUUCCAAGUGUGA